AGCGUACUACCUAAUUUAGUACUUAGUAGCACAAUACACAGGCCGGUGAUUUCACCCAUUGUAAAUUUUCCCAUUUUCACAAGAUCUUUUUGCAUUCAAAAGACCAUAAUUUUGCCGUGGGAUCCUCCUUUGAAAGUUUUAAAUUCUAUCAGUGACUCAAUCAUGGCAAACUGGGCAGCUAUCGGUUCUAUAAUCCUACCAAAUGCAGGAGGCUGGGCGAACGGCAUGUACUUUGCUGGACAAAUCCGGAAGGAUAAUGAGAAGACCUGGUACGAUGAGCUGAAGAAACCUUCCUGGAACCCCCCUAAGUGGGUGUUUGGGCCGGCCUGGACUAUCCUGUACAGUGGGAUGGGCUAUGCUUCCUAUUUAGUGUAUGAAGAAUGUGGAGGAUUUACUGAUGAAGCAGUUCUACCACUAUCUCUAUACGGCGGUCAACUCUUACUCAACUGGGCGUGGACUCCAAUCUUCUUUGGCCUCAAGGACUUUAAACUGGCGUUCAUAGAAAUCGCGGUAUUGGGCGGAACGGCCGCCGCCACAACAGUUAGCUUCAUGCAAGUCAACAAAACUGCUGGAACUCUCAUGCUGCCCUACCUCGCUUGGCUGGCCUACGCGAGCUCCCUCUCCUACUACAUCUGGAGGAACAACCCCAAAAUUGAGGGCAAGAAGCAGUAAACUUGAGAUGCAGUAUAAUCGUAAUGCACAAAAUAGCACCACUACACACGCAGUAGAAAAUCACAUUUCCUACUUAAUAGUAUAAGAGCAUUACGUAAAAACGAAUAAGGUUGUUGGUUAUAAAACUUGUUUUUUUUUUUAAAUACUAUUUUAUUAGUUUCGUUGCAAUAUUCUUGCGUUUAAUUUUAAGUAAAUACAAAUAUAUUUAAAAAAAAAUUGUGGAACUGGUAGGAUUCGAACCUGCGUCUCCCUUGGAGCCAUUGCGCUCGGAGUGCCUUUGACUAUUAGGCUACUACGGUUUACUUCUGCCCAGUGCUGAAAAUUGAGAUAUGUAUUUUUAUUGGGUACUUAGCGACUGUUAAUGUCAUUCAUACUCUAUCCACGGAAAGAAGUUAGUAUAGCGCUCUCUCUGUUAUGUAAUCCCAUACAAAUGACAGAGACAAAAAUGUCAGUGGGCGUUAACCAUUUUGAGUCACCAACCAAUCACAAACAUACAUUCGAAAAUGAUUUCAAAAAACAUCCAAAAACAAAGUGAUUGGUUAGUGACUCAAAGUGGUUAGUGCUAGAGCUUUUUGUCUCUGUCAUUUGUAUGGGAUUAAACAGAGAGAGCGCUAUACUAACUUUCCAUGCAUAGAGUAUAGUAGUUGUCGAAACUACUUUCAAAGGUCCAUAUUUCAAUGCAGCUCUUUAAACGAGAAACGCUUUUAUGCGUUUUCUCUUGCAAUGUGUUCAAUAGAAAUUGCAGAAACGAACAAAUUAUGCAAUUAUAAUAAUCCAAAGGUACUUAUUGUUGAAUUUCGAAAAUCGCAGAAGUUUAAUUUUUGUUAUUAAUUUUUUCUAUACCAAAACUUUAAAAUAACUUAGUAGUUAAUAUUAAAUAGUAGAUAUCUUGCGAGUAAGUAAUAAAAGUGUCCUUUUUCUUAUCACGAAUAAUAACUUUAUGUAUUUAAUAGCAUUCCUUGACUGUUGCAUUUAUGAGAGUAUUUUUGUAUUCAUCUCUUGGUCUAUAGGCUUUGGAGCUACAUUGUUUUCGUCUUUUCGAAUAUUUAUUGUAUAAUAUUAUGUAAGACAAUAAAAAUAUUGAUUAUUAAAAAA